GUAUUUUUUACACACAUUAAAAUGUGUUUGAGUAUGUGUGAAUACUGCCUUGUUUUUGAAUUGGCAUUUGCCCUGCUUAACUUGUUGAAUUUGUUCAGAUAAAAACACACAAGCGAUAUAGAGAGAACUCAUUACGUAUUUGAAUCAUGGCAAGCAACGACACCUAUACAUUGCAAACAAAAAGUGGACCUAUUCUGGGCAAGCUUUGCACGAGUAUAUACAGCGAUGAGUACAUCAGCUUUGAGAGAAUUCCCUACGCACGUCCGCCGCUGGGACCUUUGCGUUUUAUGGCACCACAGCCCGUGGAGAAUUGGAAAAUGCCACUCAACUGCCGGGAAAAGGGUGAAAAGCCUCUGCAGUUUAAUCAAUAUGUACAUCAGCUUCAGGGUGUUGAAAAUUGUCUCUACCUCAAUAUUUACGUAAAAACUUUUCAAAGCGAUAAGCCCUUGCCAUUAAUUGUCUUUUAUUUUGGUGGUGGUUUUGAGAAGGGCGAUCCCACACGUGACCUGCAUAGUCCCGACUACUUUAUGAUGCAGGAUGUUGUUGUGGCAACAGUUUCUUAUCGUGUGGGACCACUGGGAUUUCUUAGCCUUAGAGAUCCAGCUGCGGGUGCGCCCGGCAAUGCUGGCUUGAAAGAUCAACUGAUGGCGCUGGAGUGGAUAAAGGAGAAUGCUGCUAAAUUUAACGCAGAUCCAAGCAAUAUAACCGCCUUUGGGGAGAGCGCUGGCGCCGCCUCAGUGCACUAUUUAAUGAUGAAUCCGCGCGCUGAUGGACUAUUUCACAAGGCAAUUUUACAGUCGGGUAAUGUGCUGUGCUCCUGGGCGCUAUGUCAUGUGUCCGACCUGCCACAACGCCUUGCCACUAAGCUGGGUAUGAAAAACGUCGACCAAGCAUCCGACACAAAGGUUCUGGAAUUUUUGCAAAGCAUGCCGGGCGAUCGUCUUGUAGAGCCGUAUUUGCUGAGUGAAUCUGAAAACUUGGACGAUUGUGUCUUUCAAUUUGGACCUGUCGUAGAGCCAUAUGCCACAGAGAGCAACGUGCUACCGAAACAUCCCAGUGAAUUGUUAGCUACCGCAUGGGGUAAUCGUAUACCAGUGCUCAUGAGCGGCACUUCUUUUGAGGGCUUGCUUAUGUAUGGUCGCGUACAUUUGGCACCUUAUUUGUUAACCGCUCUCAAAGGUCAACCGGAGCAUCUUUUGCCUCUAGAUCUAAAGCGUUCACUCCCUCUGACCUUAGCUCGCUCACUGGGAAAACGCUUGCAGUUUACGCACUUUGGAGAAAAAUCAUUGGAACUGACAGAAGAUAAUGUUUUGGCUUACUGCGAGUAUGCCAGCUAUAAGGUCUUCUGGCAUCCCAUAUUGAGGACAAUUCAGUCCCGUCUACGUGUAUCAUCGGCACCCACGUUUCUUUACCGCUUUGACUUUGAUUCUUCCACGUUCAACCAUCAGCGUCUGAAAUACUGUGGGGAUAAACUUCGUGGUGUAGCACAUGUGGACGAUCACUCUUACAUUUGGUAUGGUGACUUUGCCUGGAAGCUGGACAAGCACACAGCCGAAUUUCAGACAAUCGAGCGUAUGAUGGACAUAUUGACCACAUUCGCCGCUAGUUCGAAUCCCAACUGUGCGAGUGUCGAAGCUGUCUUGCCCAAAGGCACCAAUUGGGCUCCACUGUCUAAAAAUACAAAACAUUAUAAAUGUUUAAAUAUUUCUGCGGAUUUGAAGAUUAUUGAAUUACCAGAACUUUAUAAGCUAAAAGUCUGGGAUAGCAUUUAUAAAUCUAAGACAAAGUGAUACAAAAUUCCAUAAAAUUAUAAGUGCAUCAAAGUAUAUGUAUGUAUAUUAGGGGGAAUGGACACCAACUUGUUUGCUAUUACUUAUGCAGUGAUUGAAAAAUAUCGCUCGUAAAAUAUAAAACAAAAAUAUGUAAUUAUAAGUCGCGGCUCUAGGCCGAAAAUAGAUUUUCCACUGCCUUCUGCAGUCAAGUCUUCAUCUUUAAUUAUAUUUAUUGUUGUUGUCCCAGCCGUUCGUACUGUAUCCGACUUAUCACACGUUUGUUUAAUAAAUAUAA